AUGGCCACCACUAUCCGCUCCAUCCGCGCCCUCAAGCCCCUCCUCGACCGCGUGCUGGUGCAGCGCAUCAAGGCCGAGACCAAGACGGCCAGCGGCAUCUUCCUGCCCGAGUCGUCGCUCGAGAAGCUCAACGAGGCCAAGGUCGUGGCCGUCGGCCCCGGCGCGCUCGACAAGAAGGGCUCGCGCCUGCCGAUGGGCGUGGCCGUCGGCGACCGCGUCCUGAUUCCCCAGUUUGGCGGCUCCCCGGUCAAGGCGGGCGAGGAGGAGUACCAGCUCUUCCGCGACAGCGAGAUUCUUGCCAAGAUUAACGAGCAGUAA